ACGCGAGGUCCGUGAGCUGAGCUCAGUGUGAGUGCGCGACGCGGAAGAUAAGAUGCGCUCCGAACUCUCUCUGCUCCCCAGCAAGAACCUUUAAGGAUUAUAUUUUGUGUGUGUUUUUGUGAUAUUUGAAAACAUUUGUUUGUCUUCUUGGGAGAUACUUUUUGUCCAUCCACAGAUGCGUUUCCAGAUUACGCAGAGAGAAGUGGGACAUGAUCACAUUGCCUACGGAGUCUGCUGUGUUUAGUGUGGUUGAUCUAGUGUGGGACAAGAAGCGAAACCUUAACCCCUUCCCGCACUCACUGCCUCCCGCAGACCCGCAGCGCCAGGCGAGCCGUUUGCCCGUGAAAGUGUUGAAAAUGCUGAGCGCGCGCACCGGACACAUCCUGCACCCGGACUAUCUGCAGCCGCUACCGUCCACUCCCGUCAGUCCCAUCGAGUUGGAUGCCAAGAAGAGUCCACUCGCCCUCCUCGCACAAACAUGCUCCCAAAUCGGGAAGUCGGAUCCUCCGUCCUCGACCAAACUCUCUGCGGUCGCCUCGGACAAGGACAGCAAAUCCAGUCCGCUGAAGAUCAGCGACAUCGGAGCCGAGGAUAAGUCUAGUUUCAAGCCAUACUCAAAGUCAGAGAGAAAAGACACGGGUGGAGAUAAAUCUGGUUUCCGCGUACCGAGCGCCACCUGCAGGCCGGUCACGCCGCGGACGGGCAGCCCGAGCUCCUGCAGCUCCAUCUCUCCACAGCCUGGACGGACAGAAUCCGUAGAUAAAACAGGGAAAAAGGAAAGCGAAGCACGUAAAAACUCCACUCCGGAACUGAGAACUGAGAGCAACGGCGAGGCAAACAAACCGCAGGAUGUUUCCAAACCGGUCACGCCCGACAGCGCUCCCACAUCCUCGGCCUCGUCUGCUCUCGGGUCGGGACUCGUGGCGCCGGUUUCGCCCUACAGACCCGGCCACACCGUAUUCCCCAUCUCCCCCUAUCCCGGAGCGUACGCCGGCUACCCGCAGCCCUUCCUCUCUCUGGACCCGAGCAAGGCCGGCGGCGGCAGUCAGUUGAUUAAUGCUCAGCUGUCCGGCGCUCUCAGCAGUAAGGCGGGGUCGAGUCCCCUCGCCGGAGCCUCUCCGCCAUCCAUCAUGUCCAGCAGCCUGUGCAGAGACCCGUUCUGCCUGAGCUACCACUGCGCCAGCCAUCUAUCAUCCAGCAGCUCGCACGACAGCAAGUCUGGAUACCCCCUCAUGUAUCCCAGCGCCGCACUGCACCCGCCCUCGUUCCCCGGACACCCGUUGUACCCGUACGGCUUCAUUCUGCCCAACGAGUCCCAGCAGCACAUCUGCAACUGGGUGUCCGCCAACGGACCCUGCGACAAGCGCUUCUCCAGCUCCGAGGAGCUUCUGGCUCAUUUGCGGACUCACACGGCAUUCGCGGAGAAGCUCGUGUCGGGAUACCCCAACUCUUUAACUCUUCCGGCCUGUCACAUGCCCGGAGCCCCGCUGGCGCUCAGGACCCCGCAUCACACGCUGGGGCUCGGCACGCGGUACCACCCGUACGCCAAAAGCCCGGGCGCGCCGGUGCCGAUGCCUGCAGCCACGGGCCCGUUUUACUCACCGUACGCACUGUACGGACAGAGACUGACCACUGCGCCUGGCCUCGGAUAUCAGUGAUUUUUAUAUGCUUUCGUUCACCUCAGGACUAGUGGACCAUUAUUUAUUAAAGUUAUAGCUUUAAAGCAAAUGAAAUAAAAACAUUUCAACAAGACUCACAUGGCUUUAUUUAAACAUUAUAAUUCUCUUAUAUAUAUAACGACCCUCGACUGAAGCCAAGCCGCACUGUGUAAUGUCUCAUAGCCAAAAUUUGCAUGUUUAUUUCUAAAUUUACUUGAAUACUUAUAUUUUAACGUUUGUGGGGGAGAAAUGUUUUUACUGUGCAACUCAGGGAAAAACGACAGCAAUUAAAGAGUAACUCAGUUCA